GGUUUAGACCUGCUGCAUGAGUUUGUUACUACGGAAGAAGAAUCAUUACUGAUUCAACAACUUGAUGCUCGGCUUUGGGGAGGCCAGGGCGUAGAACCCAAUCCAGAGAUGAAGCGUAGGCAUCAGCACUACGGUGGUGUAUUUAGCUAUCGCUUCCGAAGGGUAGUAGGUGACAUGGAAGCAUUGCCAUCCAUGUUUAAUUUCCUGACACAACGACUGUUGGACCACCAGAUUUAUACUAAAAGUCCUAAUAGUAUUAUUGUAAACGAGUAUGAAGCAGGACAAGGCAUUAUGCCCCAUGUGGAUGCACCCAGAAUAUUUGGACCAACUAUUUCAGCAUUAUCGUUGUUAUCUGACUGUGUCAUGACAUUCCAGCACGUAAAGGAACAAAACCAUAUUUACCGAAUUCACCUGCCUCGUCGCUCGCUUGUGGUGAUGAACGGCUCGAGUCGGUACGAUUAUAAGCAUAGUAUUUCAAAAGACCUAGUCGAAUAUGUCAACGGACUGGAAAUCGUACGUGAUAGACGUGUCAGUAUCACCUAUCGGGACUUGCUU